GGAUCGCGCAUGUGUGAGGAGACGCUCCGCGCCUGCGCAAUGAGCCGCUUCCCCCUGCCUGGAGGCCGGCCGCAGCCGCCAUCUUCCUGGGAGCCGGACGGAGGAUUCCUGGACCUGCUGCAGGCUCCCGUCAGGCCGAGUCCCAGCCCCAGCCCGCCCCCGCCCUGCCCCCUCCAACACUUCCCACGGGACCCCCUGGGGAACCCGCCCGAGCUCGGCAUGGAGGACGACGGGCAGCCGCGCACCCUCUAUGUUGGCAACCUCUCCAGAGAUGUGACAGAGGUUCUAAUCCUGCAGUUGUUCAGUCAGAUUGGUCCUUGUAAAAGCUGCAAAAUGAUAACUGAGCAAACUGACGCGAGAAGGGUCGGUGCUUCCGUUGGAUUUUCUGUGUUGCCGAAUGCUAGCAAUGAUCCCUAUUGCUUUGUUGAGUUUUUUGAGCACAGAGAUGCUGCCGCUGCCCUGGCAGCAAUGAAUGGCCGGAAAAUAAUGGGAAAAGAGGUCAAAGUUAACUGGGCAACUACACCAAGUAGCCAGAAAAAAGACACUUCCAACCACUUUCAUGUGUUUGUUGGGGAUUUGAGUCCCGAAAUCACAACAGAAGACAUUAAAUCUGCUUUUGCUCCUUUUGGUAAAAUAUCCGAUGCACGGGUGGUGAAAGACAUGGCUACAGGGAAGUCCAAAGGUUAUGGCUUUGUGUCAUUCUACAAUAAACUGGAUGCAGAGAAUGCCAUUGUACAUAUGGGAGGACAAUGGCUAGGAGGACGACAGAUUCGAACAAACUGGGCAACACGAAAACCACCUGCACCAAAAAGCACCCAAGAAAGUAAGCUCGUAAUCUGGGAGCAGAAAACUGGGGAUAUUGACAGCAAGAGAGCCGGACACUGUGAUGGUACCACGAAACAGUUAAGGUUUGAAGAUGUCGUCAAUCAGUCCAGCCCUAAAAACUGCACUGUGUAUUGUGGUGGGAUUGGCUCAGGGUUAACAGACCAACUAAUGCGGCAAACAUUUGGUGUAUUUGGGCAAAUCAUGGAAAUUAGGGUCUUUCCAGAAAAAGGCUAUUCCUUCAUCAGGUUUGCUACCCAUGACAGUGCUGCACAUGCCAUAGUGUCUGUGAACGGAACGACUAUAGAAGGCCAUGUUGUAAAAUGUUAUUGGGGUAAAGAAACUGCGGACAUGACUAAAAGCUUUCAGCAGGUGGACUAUAGUCAAUGGGGUCAGUGGAGCCAGGUAUAUGGGAGCCCACAGCAAUAUGGACAGUAUGUGACCAAUGGCUGGCAGGUGCCAUCUUACAGCAUGUAUGGGCAAGCCUGGAAUCAGCAAAGCUUUGGUGUCGAACAAUCCCAGUCAGCUUCCUGGAUGGGUGGAUUCAGUGCUCAGCCACCACCACAGGCACAGGGGCCUCCAGUGAUACCAAAUGCCCCUGGGUACAGCAUGGCCACUUAUCAAACACAGUGACAAAGAACUCUUCCACAUGUGUACACUGUGCCCGAUAUCAUCGGUGGAUUAAACAGUGAUAACGGCUGGCUACCAAUAACCAUGGCAGGCAAGGACACGACUGGUUUGGCAGAAUGACCGAAACAAGAAGAAAAUAUUUAUUUAAAGCUGAAAUUGUUUUGGGACCUUUUAAUACCAUUUGGCUUUGAAGGACACAUAAUCGUUUUUGCCUUUCUUUUUUUCCUCUUUAGGACUGGACUGAUAAAUUCACUUUUUAUGUACAAAAUGUAUGAAUUAAAAGCCAUGUUUUAGAUCCUGGUAUAAACAUGUAAAAUAUUAAUCAGGUGGGCUGGAAAGGUGCAGCUAACGAAUUGCAUGUUGUGCCUGUGGAACCUGACUUUCCCGUUUAAGUUCCUCUUACUUAUUCACACCUUCAUUUUGGGAUUUAGAAAGCUGGGUUAGAGGUCAGGGAAGAGGGCUCAGACUGGUCUGUUUUCCUUUGCUCACUAUACCAAUGACAAUGCCUGGUGAUGUAGCAUAACCUAGUAUUUCUUGGAUCACAAGCUCCUGGGUAGUGGGGACUCCCGGGAGUAUGGGUUAAUACACUCAGUUCUCUAAGGAAUAGGUGCAUUUUUAUGUUUUUUUUUUUUUUUUUUUUUCUCACUGGUGCUCUUGAGAAAUACUUAACUUACUGCACUCUGCUUCAGAUCGUAUAACAUGUCUCCAGACAUUAUUAGAAAACCCUACCACAGCUAGCGUGGCCUCUGAAGGAGGUGAUAAUGCCCUGGCUAGAAUGAUUUCUAUUCCAUAGCCUACAUAGCCAGGUGAAAUUAGAGAUCAUUAUUGGCACUCUAAUCGCAAGGCAUUGUUUUAAGUUUAACUUUACUAUUUACUUGUCAAAUGUUAUAAACUAGGAACUGUUCUAUUAAACUUUUAGUAGAUCGGCUUUUAUGUUACAAAGCAAAAAAAAAAUGUUUUUAGGUUAACUGGCACACGGUCCUUGAUUAAUAUUUAUUUUUGCUUAAUUUUUUUUAUUUUACGAAGCUCGGAUUUGGUUUUCGAGUUUUAUUGUUCAACAUACAGUCGACGCUUUUAGGAAACCAUCUUUCUCUUGCUUUCUCUGGUGUUAUACUCAAUUUAAAUUAGUUUUAUUAUGUUUCCCUAGCCAGGUACUGUUAAAUAUCCUAUUUCCCUGAUCGCACAUUAGGGGUGUCCAUGUAUCACAGUCAUAAUAUACGAGUAAUGCCGGCCUAUCGCUCAGAUGGAAUCUGCUAACUGUACGGAAAUUUCCAAACUUAACCUCUUCAUGUUUAAAGGGGGUAUCGUUGAAGAAGAAGCCUUAAUUCCCGAUUCCUGAAGGAUGUUUUUAUUUCAUUUUGUGCCCCAUCCAGAUGUUUUGCUAUGUACAUACCUUGUUUGAAUUUAUCUCUCGUUUUUCUAAGUUGUAUAGCAUCUUGAGUUGGUUUCAAAUGAAAUAAUAAAACUUUGUCGUGUGCUUUUGUUUUUUUUCCCCACGUUUUUGUUUUUUAACCAUGAAGUUAAUAAAUAUUUUAACGUUUAA